UCUUCUUGACCUCAAUCGUAACGUUUGACGCCAGAAACCGUCGUGUAUCACACAGCCGGAUUCACCCAUAGGCCCACCGAUUCCCAUAUGGAGCCCACCAAAACCCAACCCAUUACCUGAUCCCAGGCGGCAGCGGAAACGCAAGGAGAGGGGCGGCGAUGAUACAGUAGAUUUCAAACUCAAACUGACCACCAGAGAGAGAUAGAGGGGAGAGAUCGGAGAGGAAGGACGUUUGGAGCAGGCGGCUAUUGCAGGCUUUGCAGCCGCCGUCCUCCUGAUUCGGGCCCCCCUCCCCGGAUCGCUCCAGAUUCGCACGAUUUGGGGAUCGUGCGUUUCGCCAUCAGAUCGGGAGAAGAAAAAUCAAGGUAAUCUCUGUCGAUGUCGUCAGAUUAUUACGUGCUAGGGUUUCCAACUGCGAAUUCCAUGAGUUUUGGGCUGUGUCGCCACAUUUCGCGUCCUCUCCCAAUCGCCUCCCCGUCACAGCGUUUCCUCUUCCUCCACGCCGCGGUCCUUCUCCGCGGCUUUUGCGCUCCUUUCCAUCUCCGUCCGAUACGAUGCGAUGGGACCGCUGUUGUUCUUCUCCAUUCUGUCGCGGCGUAGACGAAUCUCAACCCUAACGCGCUGAAGGCAGGUCUGCACCGGCCUGGUAGCGCUGUCUCGUGGAGCUAUCUCUAGAGGGGAUAAGCAGGUGAAGGGGCAAGUUUCUGCAACUUAAAUAAAUAGAGUGAAUAUGACUGACAUGAAUUCUGAUGAGAUUCUUGAGGUUCCUGACACUCCUGACCGAUUACAGCAGUCAAAAUACCAUGUUUCCAGCUCUAUUGUUGGGAGGGAUGGUACAAUGGCAGCUGCUAAUCCAUCACCACAGCGCAAAUUUAGAAUUAGAUUCAAGAACAAUUCCGUGCAAGGUUCAUCAAGUCAAAAUAAUGGUUGUAGCAUACUGCCUGCAGCUUUAGAUACUGAUCAUAUUUUCAAACAAGCUGAAGCAGCACAGAUUCUGGAACUGUCUAAAGACUAUAAGGCAAAAUUUUCCCUACAGAAACCUGACAGCACAAGGAUAUCUGUUGACAGUGAAAAGAGGGCUGGAAAACAUGGCUUUGAUCAGAGCAGAAGCAUUUCGAACAAUAUAAGUUGUAGUGUGACUGGAGGAAGGAACCCUACCUUCCAAGUUAAAGAUGGAGAGGUUGGUCAGCAAGAUGCAGGUCAUCAGAGUGCAAACUUUCUAGACAUAGGACCAGGUUUUCCUACUAUUCAAGUGGGAAAACCAGGAUACAGAUUAUGCACUCGCACUACUGAUAAGCUGAAAGGUGUAACAGGUGCUGAUGUUUGUCCAGGAUCAAGUUCUGGGGAGGUCAAAGGGGACUUGAUCACUAACAAGGUCAUUGCAGGACCUACAAGCCCUCUGCGUGUUUUUCCUCGAAGGCAUGUGGGCCAAAAAAGGCUGGUACGCAAUGGAUGUAUUUCCCCCUCUAACAUAGCCAAGACAGAUGCAAAAGUUAAUGAAAAACAGGAAAUGUGCUCUUUAAGUGAACAUUUGGACCAUCCGCAUCAGCCUGAUGCAUUUGACGGAGGUGAUGUGAUUGACCUCACGGAGAAUUCACCAAUAAUGACAAGGCAGAGAUCUGAAGUGAACAAUAAAUUGAUGUCUGGACACAAUAUGGACACAAGGGCCGCAAAAAAGCUGAGAACAGACAGAUUUGGCAGGACUUUGGUUCGGCAGUCCAAAUGUCAUGCAAACAACAGCAGUUGUUCUGAAGUUAGCUUAUCAGGCCUCAACAACAAUGGAAAAGGAAUUGACUGUGAUAUCUUGGAUAGUGAUCAAACUGGAGAAGCUAAUUUGAGGGGGGUUGAUCUUAGUACUGCUGGAACUUAUCUAAACAAAAACUUUUCUGAUAUAAGCACGGAGCAAGGUUGGAGAACAACACACAACCACACAAGUAAAUUACCCAUUUCGUUUAUGGGUAAUAUAACUAGCAGUUCCGGAUGGGAAUCUGGAUCUUCUACCACACGAUCUAAUCAAAACCAUGGAUCUGCUGGAGGCAAGCAUAGCUCUGUUAGUGGAGCAAACAUAAUAGUUCCUGAUAAGAUAGGGAAUAAAACAAUAAUGCUUGGUAGAGAAAGGAGAAAACAAACCUCAACUUCUUCCCAUAUUGGUGAAAGCUCUAGUGCUGCUGACGAACCUAGAGGUGAUCUUCAAUCGUCAAAAAUAUCAGCUGGCCCAAAUCAUAGCAGUCAUCAGCAUAAUAUUCCUGUAAUAAACAUUGAUGACGUAUCCCCUGAAGCUAGACCUAGUUCGAGUGGAUUCACUAAUAGAACUCUUGAUCCUACCAUAGAAGCACAAUUGGAGUCGGAUGAGUUAUUGGCUCGCCAACUCCAGGAGCAGCUCUACAAUGAAUCUGCUCGUUUUGCCCCAACAGAAGAGAUUGAUGCAAUUGUAGCAAUGUCACUUCAACAUGAAGAAGAUACUCAUCGGACAUCUAGGACCUUAAGGAGGUUCCAAAACCAUACUAGAGGUGCUCGGGCUACUCGUUUGAGUUCUUAUCGAAAUGCUCUUAGGGCUGAAUUAGCAACAGCAAACAAUAUGAUUUCCCGUCAGCGGAAUACUGCUCCAAUAAAUUUGGGAUUGAGAGCUGCUUUAGCAAGAUAUCCUGGUGCUUUGCACAUUCAACCAAACAUUGACUUAAAUGACUAUGAUGCACUGCUUGCUCUGGAUGAAAAUAACCACCAGCACACUGGUGCUUCAGAAAGCCAGAUCAAUAAUUUGCCACAGUCAGUAGUUCAGUCCAAUAGCAUUGAAGAUCCAUGUUCUGUCUGCCUUGAAAAUCCUUCUGUGGGAGAUACUAUCCGCCAUUUGCCUUGCUUUCACAAGUUCCAUAAAGAGUGUAUUGACGAGUGGCUUAGGAGAAAGAAACUGUGCCCAGUCUGCAAGUUUGGGAUUAACUGAAGUUUGCCGUACCAGUCUACAGUGGAGUUCUACUUGGUAGUGGCAGCGACGAGGUGCUGCAAUUUCUCAUACGGGAUGCUUUCCUGCAAAGAUUUUUUUUUGUCUAAGAUAAAAAAACAAUGUAUUGCUGUGAUCUGCGCUUUUGGGCAUCAUUUUGUAUGCACGCACGUUUUGCUUGCUAUUUUUGUUGUCGUGAUCCACCAAUUCCCAUGAAUUGGUUACCAGCAUCUUGUCAAUCAUUUAUGUCGCCGCAUAUAUGAUCCAUCAAUUGGCAUCAAUUUAUUUUUAUUUUA